CUGCUAUAAAUGUCCCAUUAUCUACUCGUAAUUGAAGUAAAUAGGUUGACAUCAGAGCAGGUGAUACAACAGCAAAAUAAUGGAGAAUCGUGGUUUCGAAAAUGUACCGGAAUCUCAUGCAAAACUAUCAGAUACUGCAGAAAAUGAGCAAACAUCAUCCAAACCGCCAAACUCAGCACAAGUAAAUCUCCAUACAGGCGACAUUGCAGAUUCUUUCAACAGGCUUGAUUUGAACAGCUAUGCAUCACGGAAAUCUUUCGCUCAAGGAAUGCUGGAUUUGGCACUACUCACAGCGAAUGCAUCUCAGCUAAAGUUUCUGCUCACCGUGGGCGAAGUCCACGAAUUCUACCAUUUACUGCUGACGUUGGUGAUAUUGUCAAUUUCGUUGCAGGUAUUUCAAGCAGUGAUGAUAAUUAUUCUGGCUAUGAUACUUGAUGUGAAUAAAGUCGAACAACAGAAGAAAACCGAUAUUCUCAACAAUAUUCUAAUCAUCUUCACUGUGAUAAGUGUCGUGAUGAAUAUUAUUAUCAGCGCUUUCGACAUGAAAAGUCAAAGUAACCUCCUAGGAUUGUAGCAAAGACAAUACACAGCAUGAUGCACAGUGCAUUUAGAUUAUAAACAUCGCCAGAUGCAACAGUCAAAAGAUAAAAGUUGCAUGUUCGCCGAAUAGUGUUUACAAUAAUAACCAAUAAUUCAAAUAUGCUUUAAGCAUUACUAGUCCAUUGUACUGUAUAAGUAGAAACGAGGGUUAAGCUGGAAUAUAUAAUAGGAAACUGAAGAAAAAGUUCUAUGCGAUUUUCACGUUUUAUUGAUAAUUUUGCACAAUUUUUAUCAUUUCACGAUUAAUAACUUUACCUGGCAGCAGAUCUGUGUUUUAUUAAAUAAGUUGUAGAUCA